UCUAAAUGGUGUUUGUUGCUUCUCCUGCAUGCUUUACGAUGCAUUGCUAUCUGCGGAUCGUUGUCUAAACAAAGCGGAUUCCAAGCGCGACUGAGCGGAAGAUUUAAUUGCAGCUUUUAUCGGCUUUUUGUUUACUGGCAUCGAUUUUGAACAGGUAUUCGCCAUUUAUACCCAGCAAGAAAUAAUAAUUUUGUGAAUAUUGUUAGUGGUUUUGCAGUGAGAGGAUUUACCUCUACAGAUAAAUCAUAUGCAAAAACAUUUUAAAAAUUUGAAACAUAAAUGCUUGGAUGCGAAAAUAGUGCUAAUUUUCUUUUCUGUUCUUGACUAACCUGAAUGAAUAUUUUCAUAAAUAGCUGUUUAAGAACAGAACAACCUUAUCUGCUCUUCCUCAUCUUUGGAGUGGUUGUCUUUUCUAAUGGAGUUCCAUCAUCAAGUGGUCAUCAAAUGACAGUCGUGUUUUGAAAUGAUCGAUGGCUCAGUUUCAACAAUUUGAAAGCAAACAUUUGUGAUUUCUGCUGGACUGUGUUAAGUCACGCGCCCUUCAUUGCGUGUUUGAUAAGUGAUCUGGCACUGAAUGAAUGAUUUCUUAGGUCUUCAUUUGUCUUCAGAGUUGUUCAGUGACAUGCUAUUGUUUAAUUUUGAACGUAGAUGAGGUGGCAAACGUGAGCGAAACGCAAACAGCUAGAGAAACAUCGUGUGCCUAAAUACAGGAACUGAUGUAUGGAGCACCUACAUCACUGAGUUGAAAAGUGUUUGGAAGGUCUGUUGUUCUCAUGAUGCCUGUUGUAACAAAGAACCAAGUGCCAUCACCACUGCCUACCAUCACCACGGAAGAUGUGGACCACACCAGUUUGCCCAGUAACCACAUUUCCUCUCCAGAGGAAGAAUUUGCCACUCCUCCUCCAAGGGUUCGCAUGCGGUCCUUGUCAGGGGGCGCCUACCGGUUGGCCCCCACCCUUCCCGCUGCAGUUCGGACCAGAAGACAGUCCGGUGAUGACUAUCUAAGCCCUUCCAGGCGCGCAGCACUAUUCGAGCAGUUUCGGCCCAGGUCUAAAUCGGACAGCAAAAGCAAGCGGCCAACUUUCCUCACCAGUCUCAAGAACUCCUUUUUCAGUGGUGGAGGACAGAAGAAGACGUCCCUAGACUCGGAAUCCCCACUGGAACCCCUGCAGCCUGGCGGUGAUUACCGGCAGAGGUCGCGAUCUGGGUCCGAGACCCGAGGCGGCACCAUGUCGAAAAUGAUUGACUUGUUCCGUAAUCGCUCCAAUUCCUUGUCCAUAGAUUCCAGGAGCAAGAAACAAGCAUCAGGCAACACAAUUUCGUCACAUGCACUUCUGCGUCGUCAUUCGGUCGACCCCGAGAAGAGGCGGAAACCCUUCAACACGUACAGGUCUCUGGAGUCUCACCAGGGAGAGACGUACACAUGCCACGGGGACGACGAAACGGUAAGUGGAUAA